CACAUGUGCAUCCCGUAUGCAGGCCCAGACCAUACUACCAAAUGCCGCUAAUUUCCCUCUUGGGUCUGUCUUCACGGGCCCGACUCGUGGAUCGACUGAGACCUGCCGCAUGCCCGGCAGCGCGCUGGCUAAUAGUGGACCAGCAUCAAAGACCUGGAUGCAUCGAUGCGAGCUCUCGGGUGGGCAGCUGCUUCUGUUGCCAGUAUGUCACCCACCUGCGCCAUCCAGACGUGGCAGUCCUUCUCACGUGCGGCACAUCCUCUCAAGUGCUGCCUGAGCCUCAAGCUGAACUCUCUGCCAGGAAGCGCAUAAGACAUAUAGAAAGAACAAAUCAUUCCCCACCCUCCUAAAUGUCAGCCUGUCAUCCCGCGGGUGGCUUCUUCCCAAAUUGCCAUGAUCCGGAAUCUUUUCUGCAUUAGCUCCCGAAGCCUAGCUAAACAUCGUGGUCAUGGAGCCCCGGUCUGAGAUUCCCGGAGACAAGAGCCGGGUGAGCCUGGUCAUCGUCUGGUUCCUGUUUCUCGCCGCGGUCCUCAGUGUCUGCGCCCGCUUGGGCACCAAGUAUGGCAUGGCCAGGAGGCUUGCUGCGGACGAUGUCCUCAUCAUCAUUGCUCAGGCCACAUCUCUUGCUCAAUGCAUAGCCAUAUCCUUCGGCGCGAAAUCAGGCCUCGGCGCUUCUAUGAAUGACCUGUCCUCGGGGCAAGUCGACGAGGUCUUGAAAGCCGAAUAUGCUAGCACGCCAUUCCUCCUUCUGACGUUGGCCUUGGUCAAAUGGUCGAUUUGCGUCUUCAUCAACCAGCUGAGCCCGAACGCUAUCCACCGCCACGUAGACUUGGCCUUCCGCUUGACCAUAGGGCUGUGGCUGGUUUCUGCGACGGUGAUCUCUGUCUUCCAGUGCGGGCUGCCAAAGCCCUGGGAUUACAUCCACCGCAACAGCUGUACCGAUCGGCGAUCUUGGUGUACCUAUGCUAGUGUAUUAAACAUGAUCACUGAGCUUGGCUUCGUUUUUCUCUACGUGUGGAUCAUCGGAAGGCUCCACAUAUCGGUCUUGAAACGAACUACUGUUCUUCUGGUAUUCUUAACCAGGCUGUUUGUCAUCGGCGCCGCAGCCGCUCAGCUUGCCAUAUUCUGGAUAGCAUAUUCCAACCCGGAUAUCACAGCGGGCUUGUGGCUACCGACAGUGUGCAAUCAGGUUGUAGUACUCCUCAGUGUGCUGACAGCCUGUCUGCCUUAUCUCAGGCCCUUGAUGGAGAGCCUGGAAUCAGGGAUCGUGCAUGUGCCGGACGAGGUGGAAGAACUGAGAUCCUUUGCCAGAGCAGGGUCCAGAUCAACUUGGCCUUCAACGCCAUCAUAGCAUGCACCAUAGUCUUGCAGAGGCGGUGUGAAGAUAAACAUAAUUUUACUGUUAUUUUUAUUUAUUCAAAUUGCCGCCUGUGGUCAA